AUGGCCGUCAUGCGCUAUUAUCGCGGCCGCUCUUCCUCGUUUCGAGUCAAAUGUGCGGGUCUCAUUCUCGAAAGUGGGCGUAGAAUAUCCGAAUCGAUUGUGUUCACGAGGUUCUGCGUUGUUUUACAGGCUAACCUUACCGCGGUUUUAAGAGCACCGAUGGUGGGAGUGCUGCGAUUCGCAUGAACGCGUGACUAACUUACGGAAGGACUUUAUUGAGAUUCUGCGAACGUGAACGCGCCGCCAAAAUGAUUUUCGGGAUAUUAGCGUUCGUCGUGUUCGGGGCGAUCCUCCACUUUUUCAUCGUCCAUUUUGGAAAAAUGGGCAGGAUGAUAAACGCCAUACCCGGGCCGCAAGCGAUACCAAUGCUUGGGAACAUGCACACCUUCCAAGUUAAUACAACGGAUCUUUGGACGCUUCUACGGAAUUUCAGCGAUCAGUAUUAUCCGAUUUACAGAUUCUGGGGGUUCACGAUGCCAUUUCUUAAUAUCCGUCAUCCGAAAGACAUCGAGACGAUUCUCGGAAACCCGAAAUCCACUCAGAAAAGCCAAAUCUACGAUCUCUUGAUGCCGUGGUUCAACACUGGGCUUCUCACCAGUGCAGGUCGCAAGUGGCAAGUACGAAGGAAGAUAUUGACGCCGGCGUUCCAUUUCAACGUGCUGCAACAGUUCGUCGACGUUUUUAUCGAGGAGUCCGAACGGAUGAACCAAAUAUUGAAGAGCGAGGGGGGCCCGCUUGUCAAGGACGUGUUGCCUCUAAUCAGCGAGCACACGUUGAACGUGAUAUGCGAUACCGCGAUGGGAACCUCGUUGAAGGACAAAGGUCCUCAUCAAGAGAAAUAUCGGCAGGCCGUUUAUGACAUGGGUCACAGCCUUGUUGAAAGGCUGAUUCGACCUUGGCUUCAUCCUGACUGGGUCUUCUUCAAGCUGCCUCCCGGAUGGCGGCAGAGCAAACUGCUGAAAAUAUUGCACGAAUUCACCACGGGGAUCAUCAAAGAAAGAAUGUCGUACCACGACAGCACGAACGGCAAGUUCUUAACCGGUCUGGGCGAAAAUCCGAGUAAGAAAGAGGACGACGAUUUGGGAAUACGCAAGAGGAGGCUCGCCAUGUUGGAUCUGUUGAUAGCGGCUCACCGGAAGGAUCAGAUCGACAUAGACGGUAUCAGAGAAGAGGUCGACACGUUUAUGUUCAGGGGACACGACACCACGGCCAUGUCCAUGACAUUCACGAUCAUGCUUCUGGCCGAGCACAAGGAGAUACAGGAUCGUGCGCGGGCCGAAGUGAAGGAAAUGCUGGACGCCACCGACGGCAAAAUGAGUAUGUCGACCCUCCAGAAUCUGCCAUACCUCGAGCGAUGCAUCAAGGAAUCUCUUCGACUUUACCCGAGUGUGCCGUUCAUAUCGCGAAGCCCGGAGAAGGACUUGAAAUUAAGCAAUUACAAAGUGCCAGCUGACACGACGAUCCACGUGCACAUAAUAGACGUCCACAGGGAUCCACAGUUCUGGCCGAAUCCGCACGUUUAUGACCCGGACAGAUUCCUGCCGGAAAAUUGCCAAGGACGUCACCCUUAUUGCUACAUACCUUUCAGCGCUGGCCCGCGCAAUUGCAUAGGACAACGAUUCGCCAUGUUCGAGCUGAAGGCGGUGGUUGGUCUUUUAUUGUACAAUUUCAAGUUCGAGCCGGUCGACUACCUCAAGGACCUGCUGAUUACCACCGAUCUGGUUAUGCGCCCAGCGCAUCCGGUCCGAACGAAGUUUAUCCCCGUUGAAACGAACUGAUGACGAUGUAACGCCGAUCUCAUGAAGUAAGUGGAUCGCGACACGGUAACAUUGAUAAACAACUAUCUGUUCGCUGGUAUUCUGUUGUAUAAUAAAAAUUUAAUCAGCAUUAUAAUACGGGUCAUUCGCGAAUCAGACGAGCAACCGUGGAAACACCGUAGGAAGAGCCCCAUAAAAUGGAAGACGGUCUUCGACGGUCGUAUCUUCAACGUGAUCAGAAUUCUGUCGCUUUUCCAAGUUACUGUUCCAAAUUUACGGGUCCUGUAGCGCACGGCAUAAGAGAAUAACGCGUUAUUUGAAACCCUCGUAAUCGUAGACAACGUAUUUAAAAUUAGUUUAAGCGACGCGAACGAAUGCAGAAUUCGGUGUUAUAUUUCCAAUCGGAAAGAUCGAUGUCAAUUUUGGUUCGAUUACGUUCACGUUCAGGGAUGUUUCGGAGUUCGACCGACAUUGUGCUCGACGAUAUUCUUGUUUUUUUUUGUUGGUUUUCGUGGAACGCUGAAGCGGACUUCGAUCUUCUAUCACUAUGUAUAUACAUAUAAUGUAUCGUUGAUCGAAAUGAUCGCGGAGAUUUUGCAUCGUUAUUUCAGACUGUGUGUUCUUUAUGCUUUUUAAAAAUAAACAGUUAGAGGAGAAAGUAA